UUCCGUUUAAAAAAAUUCGUUUUUUCUUUAUUGUAUGAAAAUGGCUUUGCAAAAUAUUUUUUUGCUAUCAAAUCGCUCAGCUUUAAACUUAAAAGAAGCCAUUAAAUUACUUAAAAAACCAAAUUUAAAUAAUGAUGACGUAGUACAGUGUUAUAACUUGGAGCCAAAAUCAGGUUUGUGGUAUAUGUGUGGGUACAAUCAAAGUUCUGCUGACAGCAUUGAAUGGCAAUCAACAGGCACUCGUUCAUUGCCUAAUGAAAAAAAUCCCACCGUACUAGUCGAAUACUUUUCAUCCGAAAAAGUGAAUAAAAGUGUAUUUAGAUUGACGAAAAAAAACGAAUAUGACGCUGCCUUGGUUAACUAUUCAGAUGUGAACCCUACAUUUGAGAAAUUAAAAAGAACCCGUAUUUCUAAAAAAAAAUCUAUCAAAAAUAUUAUGAAAAGCCGUUUCAGACUAAUAAAAAAAUAUAGUAACUCUGUUUCUAUUGUUUCUGAUGAACUAAUUGGACACGAACCUGCAGAAAAACAUGUCAGCAACAAUUUUGGACCAUAUUUAGGAUAUGAUGGUUCCCUUCCAGGAGGUUCUACCUUUGUGCAGUCUACAGUCCAUAUAGUAGAAUCUGCUCCGAGUGCUCCGAUUUUAUCACAAUUUAAGGAUUUAAAUAUUUCACCAAUUAUUGACUCUAAAUACAUACAAUCACCGAACAAAGAUUUUAUUCCUAAGAAAGAUGCAGAUAUUAUGAUUGAGCACGUGAUUACGCCUAUAACGUUAUCGUCGAAAGUAACUGAAUGGUCAAAUGAAGUUAAUGAUUCCAAUGCGUCUGAACAUAGUUUGAGUAUUCACACAAUAGAUGAUAGCUUAUCAUCAAUUAACACAAAUAAAUCAAAUACUCAAAUGUUAACUGGUCGGAGAAUUGUCAACAUGUCUGAUAUAAUAGAACAAAUUAAAAAACGGCAUAGUGGUCCUUAUGGUUGUUCGUUUAUUGACACGGAAUAUGAAUCAGAAGUGAAUUAUGGAUUUCUAUCAGUUUUUACUUUUAAGUGUAAAAUGUGUAAUAUUAAAACUAGACUACAUUCGGAAUAUAUUCAUAAUUCAGAAAUGAAUAUUAAUAAUGCUGCGGUAAAUGCUUGCCAAGCUAUAGGUAUUGGACAUACACAGUUAGCAGAACUAUCAGGAUUUCUUGAUUUGCCUGCAUUGUCGAGUACUGGUUUUUUGCGUGUUCAAACCGAGGUAGCUGAAAUAGUUCACGCUACAGCUUGGGACGAAAUGAAGAAAGCCGGUGAAGAAGAAAGGAGAUUGGCAAUAGAAUCUGGUAACUUGGAUGUGGAUGGCAUACCAAUUAUUACAGUGGUCGCGGACGGGCAAUGGUCCAAGCGAAGCUAUAAAACCAAGUACGAUGCACUAUCAGGCGCGGCAUCAAUAAUUGGUUAUAGAACCCAAAAAGUUUUAUUUGUCGGGAUUCGAAAUAAAUAUUGCAUAAUUUGUCAAAAGUCUUCAAGUAUGAAGGAUAAAGAAAAACCUGUACAUACAUGUUUCCUCAACUGGAAAAAGGCUUCAACUUGCAUGGAAGCAGAUGGUGUGCUACAAGGAUUUUCCAACAGCGUUGAAAUGCAUGGUCUUAAAUACAACUGUUUAAUUGGUAAAUUAUCAGCUACAUUUGAAUUUUGA